AUGACACGCAUGCUUGCAUGGUUGCCAACAGUGUUGCUUCUUUUGAUGGUCUUCGCCGUUGCUUCUGUUGCUAAUCCUCCUCCACCCCGUCCUGCAUUCAUUUCGCGUCAACAAGAACCAGAAGACGUGAACGACUUUGAAAAGCGUGAGAUCGAAAAUUCCGUGCCAUACGACAUUCGCUCAUCCAUCGUGGGCUUACGUGCUGUCGUGGAAUGGGCGACGCGGCGCACAUAUAUCCGAAGGGUGAAGCUACAGAAAGCUCAGGACCACAGCGAUAAUGAUACAAUGUUUGUCGGUAGAGGCUCAGAGGAACCUUUUUCUAGGAGGGAGGCAAUUACGCACACUUUAGACGGAGCUACGUUCACUUCGCACCCAGCGUUCAUUAACCUGCCAGAAGGAAAGCAAAAUGUGGCGUACGAGUUUGUUGUCGGCUCGAUGUUCCAUGGUUGGUCAUCAUUGCAUCGACUAGGCAUCAAUGCUUCAUUUAGAGGAGAUGAGCAGAGCGAUAAGGGCCCUGUCACGGCCUGGGCUAAUUCGACGCUGUUUGAAGAUGAUGGCAGGAAGCAAUCCAAACGUUGGUUGCAUGUUGUAAGGCUUGAAGGCUUAAAGCCGGAUAUUCGGUAUACAUACGUUUUCGGCAAUGCAUACUACAAGUCGUGGUCAAUUCCAUACGUCACUAAGACUGCACCAGCCCGCUUGUGUGCUGAAAAGAAGCCAGAACCUACGCUAUUCUUGGUUACAGGAGAUAUUGGCUACCAGAAUGCAGCCACAUUGCCAAUGAUGCAGUCUGAGGUGGUAGAAGGAGUCGUGGAGGGUGUUGUGUCAGUCGAGGACUACGCUUCCGAUUUGAAUUUAAUUAACGGUCACGUUGGAGAUAUCUUCAUGCAGGAGAUUGAGCCAAUAGCUGCAAGUGUACCCUUCAUGGUGUGUCCUGGCAACCACGAGACUCACAACGUGUUUAGCCACUACUCAAACCGCUUUCGACUCAUUCCAAGCAAUAAAAAUAAAGGUGUACAGAUUGUCCACACUGGCGGGCCCUCGAAAGAAGCGUAUUCUAAGGAGGGGCCAAACAAUUGGUUUUAUUCAUUUGAUGUUGGACUAGUGCAUUUUACGAUCAUCUCUACUGAGAUUUACUUUAAAAAAACCCUGGACAUAGAUGGAGACAUGAUUGCACGGCAGGAAGCAUGGCUGGAGCAAGAUCUUGCGAAGGCGAAUGCAAUCCGAGAAUAA